GUUUUUUUAUGUGCAUGUCCACGUUUAUGACCACGUAUGAGAGCCACGAGUACAUUCGUACUAAUACUUUUCUAAUGAUAGGCUUGAAUCUAAAUGCUUCAGACCUAGGAAUUUGUUCGUAGCCAAACGCCUUAGUUUUUACUUUAAAAAUGUAUUACUUUAUUGUGGCUCCAUUGCUUCUGGGGAAUGUCAAGGCUACGGCAUCGGCUUGUUUAAGCAUAUCUUCUUACAGCAGUAAUGAGAUAUCUGGUUAAAUUGAUUCGUCCGAUCGCCAUAUUCAGUGUUCAUUAACGCGUAGAUGAAAUCGCAAUUUUGAUUCAGCUUAGCCUGCAAAAUUUUGAUGCAUCGGUCAAAGAGGAUUCGACGACGUGAUCGUGUUUACCGGUUUUAAGGCGCGAUGGGUGUACGAGCUGCCACCUAGUGCUCUACGCAUUUUUCGGCAAUGAAUAACGUCAGGUCGUUGCGUUCAGAAUGACGCACGGAAUACUGUAGUAUCGACAACCUCAGCGGCCCCAACGACAGCGUAAGUCUCUUAAAUUUUUUUUUUUUUUAAAUUUAUGCUAGUGCCGCGCUUCGGGUAGUAAAAUUGUAUUUUAAGAAUUCGCAUUUGCUAUUUCUACGGAGGAAAAAUUGGCACGCAUUGUUUGUAAAUUGGCACGUGACAAAUUCGCAGUUAAGGAACCAAAGCAUAAUGUGAAAAAAUUCGCUACUCUUAAAAAAGGUUAAGUUAGUUUAUUUCAGAUGGAGAUUUAGAGAAAUAUGUACACUUGGCUUUUGGCAUUACGCGUCGAAUUGAUUGAGCUGGAGCUUGUGAAAAGAUUUCGUAGAAAACCGAAGAGAAACGUGGUUCUCUCAUCGAAAAGUACUUGUUCUAUGUUGCUCGACUUGUUUACAGUUAGAACUUGUUCACUUAAAGGGAACGACAGCUCACGUGAUUUUACAAUUGGUAGCAAGUUGCGUCACACAAUACGCAGUUAUGCAUUUUAGGGCUCGGGUAACAGAUGUUCAGUGUUAAUUCUACUCAAAACUAGCAAGAAAAUAUCUAUUUUGUUUUUUUUUUUUCAAAUUUUCAUGUUUUUUAACAUUUCGUCUUCUAUUUUGUAUUAUGUGAAAGGAAAAGUAUCGAUAUUGCAGACAUUAGCGUGUCUAGAUGAACUAAAAUUCCUAGACUACCAAAUGUUCGGAUCGUACCCGAAUAAGGAAAAAUUUGGUUUCGGUUUAGAAACCGAUUUGAAGAAGCAACACGAUUUCCAUGGAUAAAAAAUCUUUGACCCUACCUAGGAAAGGAGCUGAUGCAAAUGUAGAUAGUUAAAAAAAAAAACGAAUAAAAAGACAACGGAAAACUCGUUUGUCCGGAUUAUUCACCUUCAGUGAAUUCUUUGCAGCCCUCAUUCCACUGGCUGGCUUGUUGUUGGUUGCUCGGGUUUGUCGAUGUUUUGUGUCCCACAUCGUGCACCUGCGAUCAGUUCAGUCUAAUGAUGGAUUUUACAGCUUAUUUAUUUUUUACCGUGCUAUCUUGUGCUGUGUUAUUGCUCUGUUUAAUUCUAUUCUCCGACGGCGAUUUAACGUUAAUGCUAAAAGAGAAAUUCGGAGUACCGUUGGAUUCUGUCAAAGGAAAAGUGUAUUGGGUCGUAGGAGCUUCUUCUGGCAUUGGAAAAGAAUUGUCCUAUCAGUUAGCCGCCCAUGGUGCAAAACUUGUGAUUUCCGCCCGACGGGCGCUGGAAUUGGAAAAAGUCAAAACCGGAUGCCUAGCCGUCGGCAAAAAAGCCGGUUUGGUCGAUUCUGACGUUUUACUACUUCCUUUCGAUGUUACUGAGGUCGAAUCGCAUCAAGAGCAUUUCGAUUCAGUGCUUCGCCAUUUUGGAAAGUUAGAUGUGCUUAUCAAUAAUUCUGGACGAUCCCAAAAAGCAGAAUUUCAAAAAAUAGAUCUUCGAGUGGACAAGGACUUGUUUAAUACUAAUGUUUUCAGUUUAGUUAACUUGAGUCGUGUCGUCCUACCAUACUUCUUGGCUAAGGCACAAGGACACAUUGUGGUAACGUCUUCUGUUGCGGGCAAGUUGGGAGCUGCCUUUUCAGCCACCUACAAUGCAACUAAACACGCUUUACACGGUUAUUUUGAAACCGCAAGAUCAGAGUUGUACACUAAAGGUAUCUCCAUAACGAUGAUCUGUCCCGGAAUGGUUUAUUCAGAUAUUCUCACUGCUUGUGCGACAGAAAAUCCCGGAGAACAACUAGGAGGGGAAAUUGGUGAAGAUGAAAAACGAAUGAAAACAGAACGGUGCGCAAAACUUUGCGCUGUUGCUAUUGUAAAUAAACUAGACGAAGUUUGGAUUUCCCUCAACCCUGUGCUUUUCUUCCUAUAUGUAUGCCAAUAUGCUCCUUCACUUGGCCGAACCUUUCUUAGUCGUUAUGGGUUGCAAGCAGCAAUCAAAACGCGGGGUAAACGAGAUGCUCGUACCCUGAGGACAUUAGAUAACAAUCGCAGUCGGUAAACCAAAAAAAAAUAUUCCGAAAUAGAAGUCAUGCUUCAGAGAUUGCGUUCGUACGCAAAAAAUGAUUGACGGUUUACUCAUUUUUAAUGUUAUAGAGAAAGAGAGCUCACUUUCUGUUGUUUUGUGAAAAAGCUCAAUCCAUCGGUCAUAUGUUAUGAAUGAAACAUUUAGUAGAAAGAUGAUGUUAUAAUUAAAGAAGAAUGUAAUCUAAACUCGGUGGCCAUGGGAUGCAGAACUGCAUUUUUAUUUAUGUGGGCUGAACAAAGUCCCAACUCCCAUGUUCUUGAUUUAUAGUAGUCUUUCAAUUUUUUAUGCAAAGCGAGAUAAAAUAAAAU